AUGUAUUGUCAAUCAAAGUCAAAUUUAAGACCGAUUAAUUUAAUAAAUAGAAAUCAAUUAUAUUUACUAGAAAAAUUUAUUAAUAAUAAUUAUCAAUCAAAUAUUGCUUAUUUACCAAAUGGUGAAACAGAUUUACAUCAAGCUGUUUAUCGAGCAAAUGAUAUUGUUGUUAGAUAUUUACUUGAACAUGGCUGGAAUCCAAAUCAAAAAGAUAAAAAUCAACGUACACCAUUACAUUAUACAGGUCUUAUGGAUAUAAAAAGUUUCGUUAAUAUAAUUCAGUUAUUAUGUGAUUAUGGUGCAAAUAUAAAUGAACUUGAUUUACAACACAAUACACCAUUAAAUAGUUUUAUUCUUGUAUCAAAAUAUUUUCGUCCAUAUUACAUCGAACAAUGUGAAGAGUUGAUUUAUCGUGAUAUUAUUAUUCGUUAUUUAUGGUGUUUUUUAGCAUAUAAAGCAGACAUAAACAUAUCAAAUGUAUUUGGUAAUAGUCCAUUAGAAGUUGUUCAGAUACAACUAAUAUCUUUUUUUUAG